AUGCUACUGAAAACAUUUUCCUCUAUUUCACGAACUCUUCAGUGUACCACCACCUUCAGCUUCAGGAGCUUUCUUCCGGCGAGGCGCUUAAAAUCGCAGAUGGGCGUUGAAAGCUUGAGCUUGAUUCGGAAAAGCAAGCGCGCGAGUUUCCGGCUAAUCGACGUUUUUGGGUUUAAAACGGAUUUAAUGGAGAUUCCCAGCCAAGACACGAAAUUUCAUGUCCUGUUUAUCCCUGGCAAUCCGGGUGUUAUCUCGUUCUACACUGAUUUCUUGGAGUCUUUGUAUGAGUUGUUGGGAGGGUCUGCUUCUGUCACUGGCAAGUAUACACACAUAUAUAUAACCAUAGGCCACAUAUCCCACUCAGAGAAGGACUGGGGAUCUGGGAGGUUGUUCUCUUUACAAGAACAAAUAAGUCAUAAGAUAAGCUUCAUAGAGCAGGAACUUGGAGAUGUUGAAGUACCUAUAGUGCUGGUCGGUCAUUCCAUUGGUUCAUAUAUUUCUCUUGAAAUACUAAGAAGAUGUCAUGAGAAGGUCAUAUACUGCAUUGGCCUAUACCCAUUUUUGGCUCUCAACGAUAAAUCCUCGGCACAGUCCUCGAUUAAAAAAAUUGCAGCGCUGCCAACUAUAUGUACUGUACUUAGCUUUAUGGGAGGCUUGUUAGGUAGACUCCCGUCUCAUAUUUCAAGAUUCCUUGUGAAAAUAUCGAUGGGGAAAUCAUGGUCAUCUUCUUCAAUCGAUGUUCUAUGCACCCAUGUUCUCCAGUAUCAUACGAUCCGGAAUAUGCUCUAUAUGGCAAUGACCGAAUUCCAGGAGCUACCAAAAACACCGGAUUUGGAUUUCAUCCGAGAAAAGAAGACCGAAAUCGCACUUUUGUUCGGUCACGAUGACCACUGGGGCCCCUUGCAUUUAUACCAAGAGAUUUGCACAAAGGUCCCUGACGUUAGCAUAGAGGUCGAACGUGAAGGCCACACGCAUGCUUUCUCGUGCACUGAGGCCGGGUCAUUAUGGGCUGCUCAGCACGUUUCGAGCUUGAUCAAAAGUAACAUCGAAACUCGAAAAAACAUUUGA